AUAAUAGUUACAUAAAUAUUCUGAUUUCUUCAUUUUUAAUUGUCAGUCAAUAUAUCUCACAUUUUGCUUGAAACCGAGAUUGCUUGUGUUAAUAAGUAAAUACUUUAAAAUGACGACGUGGAUAAAAGAUAAUUGUGUAUCGUUUUUUCAACUGUUUUGUAUUAAAGUUGUGAAGACUGGAAGAGUACCACAACAUAUUGCAUUUAUUAUGGACGGAAAUCGUAGAUAUGCUAAGAAAAACAGCUUUGAAUGCACUGUAGGACAUUAUAAGGGCUUUGAUAAGCUCUCAGAGUGCUUAAAGUGGUGUCUAGAUCUAGGGAUUCCAGAAGUGACAGUGUAUGCUUUUAGUAUUGAAAACUUUAAGAGAAGCAAAAAAGAAGUUGAUGCAUUAACAGAAUUAGCAAGAGAAAAAUUUCAGCGCCUCUUAGAUGAAAUCGAUCAAAUAAAUGAAUGGGGAGUAAGAUUGAAUGUUGCUGGCCGACUCUGUCUUUUUCCACAUGAUCUACAAGUGUUAAUUUCUAAAGUAAUGCUAGCUACGAAACAUAAUAACAAGCUGCAACUUAAUAUUGCAUAUGCUUAUACCGGUCGUGAUGAAAUUAGUCGAGCGGCUUCUCAUAUAGUGGAUGGCUUGAAACGUAAAGAAAUAUCUCCUGAUGAUGUCAACGAACACUUGAUGUCACAGGCAUUAGAUCUCGGGGAGCCAGAUCUUUUAGUUCGUACUUCUGGAGAGGUUCGGCUAUCAGAUUUUAUGUUAUGGCAGAUAUCAAAUACCGUACUGUACUUCACUGAUGUAUUAUGGCCAGAAUUCUCCAUAUGGAAUCUUCUAGCAGCCAUUAUACACUUCCAAAGACAUUCACCUCCAAUUAUUGAGGAAAAGGAAAACUCUCCUGUUAUAGAAAAAUUCUUGAGAAAGCUGGAAGAUACCAAAUGGCAGCAAUUAGAAAAAAUUGUUGCCUGUUAAAAAAAAUACUACAUAAAGCCUCGUUUUUAAGUUUUAGAAUUAGUUUUAUUUAAGCUGUAAGUUAAGUUUAUAAUAUGUAAUAUAAAAUAGAUAUAUUCAAUUAUUUAUAGAAUGUGUUACUUAAUAUAUUAUUUAUUUAAUGCUUGAAAAUGGAUUCUGUUAUGGUUAUUGCAUAUGGCAAGGAAAAAAUAGAAUUGUAAAUUUGUACAAUAAAAAUUUAUUUAAAUAUUAAAGCUAUUUAUUGCUUGAUAA